GAGACUAUAAACAAUGAACUAAUUAGCGUUUUACAAAUUCUCAAGGCAAAGCAAUCCGAUAAAAAGAUUGCCCAGGAAAACCUCAAAUCCCUGAAAAAUCUCAAGAAAGGUUUCCUUAUCGUAAACGCAAUCUACUUUAUUUUCCGUAUAAUAUAUCAAUACAACUCAUUUUCAUAUUCGAUCGCUGCCAAAUACAUAAUUACCGCUGGGAUCAGCUUUUUUCUUUGGAAACAACUAGUUUCAUAUGGUUCUCCUAGGUUCAGACCAGAUGGAGGUGUGGAGUGGUCUGGAGAGGAUUUGAAUGCUGAAGGAUUGAUUGC